UACGGAGCACCAGUUAUGCCCACGUGCAGCCAGUGUUCCUGAAAGACCACACAGGCAAAUCACGAACACAACGUUGUGCACAUUUCAUUGCUGUACAGUAGGGCCUCGGUAAAAUGGCCAAUUAUGAUCCAUACAGAAUGCCGGACUCGCAGCUUCCCAGCCAGGCUACCACUCCUGUUCCAAGCCAAUCUAGUACCCCGCUGCCGUAUCAACCUACAACGCCGGACCAAUACUACCCCAAUGAGUACUAUUCUGACCCGAACCAAAUGUACUACGACCCGAACCAAAUGUACUACGACCCGAACCAAAUGUACUACGACCCAAGCCAAAUAUACUACGGGGACCAAUAUGCAGCUGAUCCGAACCAAAUAUACUACCCGUCGGACCAAUACCAAACUGAAGGUGUUACUAAUCAAACGCAAGUAUUGCAACCACAAGUGACUGCGAGCUCGUAA